AUGUCAUGGAAUGCUGGUUGGACUAAGGAUGUGAAAUUCUUAUAUGAAAUUUUGAAUUCACUGCAAAUUUUAAAGAUUGAGCAUUUAGCAGACAUUCAGACUCUGGUUUUAUCUGAUGAUGAAAAUGAAUAUAAUGAUGAGCCAGUAAUCAACUUUGAGCAAAACUUAUACAAACAAGCCUUAAACUUAGCUGAACAUGAAAAUGACCCAUGGAAAGAGCUUGAUGCAGAGAAUAUGACAAUUUUGCAGAAGACAAGCUAUAAGGAAGCUGGCAGUGAAUAUUCUGAAGAGAUUUCUAAGAUUAAAGCAAAGCCAAUUACACUGUGUAUCAUAAUCGAUAACAAACUUGGAAAAAUACGUUGCUGUAAUGAAACUAGUAAUAAGAGGUUGCGAGAACUCAUUGGUGCCUGA